AUAUUUUGUUGGAUGAUGCCCCUGAUGGAGCACUCCAUAAAGAAGGUCAUAGUGUGAAAAUUUUAGUCACUAUAAACAAGGGCUAUAGUCGAGCCAAGGAUCAAAAACCACAUGCAUAUCUGAUAGGAUCAAUUGGAGUCAGUGGAAAAACAAAAUGGGACGUUUUAGAUGGUGUAAUCAGACGUCUCUUUAAGGAAUAUAUUUUCCGAGUGGAUCCUACCACUAGCCUGGGUUUAAGCUCUGACUGCAUUGCUAGCUACUGUAUAGGGGAUGUAAUUAGAACCAAUAGUGUAGAAGUGCCUGAACUGCUGCCUUGUGGAUAUCUAGUUGGAGAUAAUAAUGUCAUCACUGUGAACCUGAAAGGAGCAGAAGAAAACAGUUUGGACAGUUUUGUAUUUGACACAUUAAUUCCUAAGCCAAUUACCCAGCGGUACUUUAAUUUACUGAUGGAGCAUCGGAGAAUUAUUCUGUCGGGACCCAGUGGCACAGGAAAGACCUAUUUGGCUAACAGGUUGGCUGAAUAUAUUAUAACUAAAUCUGGCAGAAAAAAAACUGAGGAUGCAAUUGCAACUUUCAAUGUAGAUCACAAGUCAAGCAAGGAUCUGCGACAAUACCUAGCAAACCUAGCUGAGCAAUGCAGUGCUGACAACAAUGGUGCUGACCUCCCUGUGGUCAUAAUUCUUGAUAACCUCCACCACAUCAGUUCAUUAAGUGACAUCUUCAAUGGUUUCCUCAACUGUAAAUAUAAUAAGUGUCCCUAUAUUAUUGGAACCAUGAACCAGGGAGUUUCUUCUUCACCAAAUCUGGAGCUGCAUCACAAUUUCAGGUGGGUGCUGUGUGCUAAUCACACAGAGCCUGUUAAAGGUUUCUUGGGCAGAUAUCUGAGAAGGAAACUGAUUGAAACUGAAAUAGAAAGGAACACACGCAAUAAUGAGCUCAUCAAAAUCAUUGACUGGAUCCCCAAAACAUGGCAUCAUCUCAACAGCUUCCUAGAAACGCACAGCUCUUCAGAUGUAACCAUUGGUCCUCGUCUCUUCCUCCCUUGCCCUAUGGAUGUUGAUGGCUCCAGAGUGUGGUUCACAGACCUCUGGAACUAUUCACUGGUGCCAUAUCUUCUGGAAGCUGUGAGAGAAGGACUUCAGAUGUACGGUAAGAGGGCACCCUGGGAGGAUCCCUCCAAGUGGGUAGCUGAUACCUAUCCAUGGAGCUCUGCAUCUCUACAGCAUGAGUGGCCAUCGUUACUUCAGUUAAGACCAGAAGAUGUUGGUUAUGAAGGUUAUGCAUCAGCAAAGGAAGGAACAACUUCAAAGCACGUUCCACAGACUGAUACGGAGGGGGAUCCCUUGAUGAAUAUGCUAAUGAGGCUUCAAGAGGCAGCCAACUAUUCGAGUGCACAAAGCUGUGACAGUGAUAGCACCAGCCACCAUGAUGACAUUUUGGAUUCAUCCCUUGAAUCAACUCUCUGAAAAGGACAAACCUUGUUGGAGAAUUAUGGUAAAAUCUGUUUCCACUAGACCACUGCCAGUAUUAAAGCAGCACAUCGAGGUCCCUGAGUGAGAAUGGUGUGUUGUAGGUAGGCAGGAGACCUAAUUCUGCAAAGUCAGGAAGAAAAAUCGAAAUGGAAAGCUUGAAUUAGUUUAAUUUCAAAGCAUUUCAAUACCUGUGGAGCCAAGUGAGACUCCAUUUGACAACUGGAAAGGGCCCUACACCAGGGGCAUCUAAGCAGAUUGCACACGUGUCAGCCAAACUGGAGUAUUUUUUCUCUCUUUUCCUCUUUUUCCUCUCUCUCUGUCUCUCUCUCUCUUCAUCUCUGUUUCUCUGUACAAGUUUACAGUGCAACUUCUUUUGUUGUUUUUUUUUCCUUUAGCUUACCCUGAGGCGCUGCAUGAACAAUGCAGUCUUCUAAUUCUCUUCUAACCUCUGUUGUGCCACAUGGUGCUGGUCACAGGACUGCAGUGGUGUUUGUGUUGUACGCUACUGCCCAUUCCAAAACAAGUCAAAGAUGAUGAUAGUAACUCAGAAAGCACAAACAGUGUUGUGCAAUCACCAGAAAACAUGACUGUGAUAUGCUGGAUAAGUGCCAAUUUAAUUCUAACUGCCAUGGUCACGGUGAUGCGCUCCAUCAAGUUUUUAGUACACGAGUCACAGAUUUUAUAAAGUUGUUUUUACCACAAAGGUCUUUUUUAACCACCUGCCCACUCCUUAAUAACAGUUUUAUACCAAUUAUUAACCAACACUGAUUAAAGGCUUUUUAGGGCUUCAUUUGUUUGAGCCUUUUCAGUGAAAGAAGGAACAUUUCUUAUGGUGCUGUCUCACUGCCUUAAAACAGAUUUCUAGAACAGUUUUACAGCUGGUUUAAUUCCUAAACCAUUGGUAAUUUACACUGUUUUUUUCUUCAUUUACUAAUGAGAAAAUGUCAGUUAACACAGUAGCCUCAUAUCUGUAUAUCAUGAUUUUUUAAAGUAACAGAUAGGAGAAAGAACAGUUGCUAUAUAAUAUUUUUAUCUUGUGAAUAGAUUGCUCUGCCUACCCUCAGAAAUACACAAGGAACCCAAACCCACUUCCACUGCCACCUAAAUGCUGAGAAAAUCUGCUCAAAUCCAUUUGGUCCCAUGGAAUGGAGUUUUUGGAGGAUAGAUGUUUUGAAUUCUUAUCCAGCAGAGCUGGAUGCACUUGAUGCAGCAUGAGCACAAAUAUAUGGGUUGUUUUUGUUUUCUUUUUCCUUUUUCUAGUUUUAGCAUGUUGUUUUGAUUGCUAUUGUUGUACAUGAAGAAUUCAGCAUAAAAGAACACUGAAGCAGUGAUGUCCACUGUGGAAGAGAAAGAGUUUAUACUGUAAAAGUGGGUUGGUUUUGCACAGUCUACUGGGUGGGUAUUGUAAAUAU